UUUCUCGAGGCUGUUUCGCUCUUCGGCCGCCAGGGGUCGCUGCAGGGGAGUGAGUUCCUCUGUUCUGUGAUGUGUAGGGGGUCCAGUACGGUCCAGUCACACAGACCUGCGUCUAGAAGAGCAGGAAAAACUUCAGCAGAGACGUGUCUUCUGAAAACGAGCUUUUCACACUGUUCUCCAGACUCGGAUCAGGAGCGGAGCACUUCUGGAAGCGCGCGAACAUGGACGAUCUAGACGCAUUGCUUGCAGAUCUUGAGUCUUCCACAGCCCAUAUCUCCAAGUGCCCAGUGUUUCUACCCGAGGAGACGCCAUAUUCCUUUCCCACUGGUGGACACCUCUUCCAGGAUGAAUCUCCUCCUCCGCCCCUGCCCCCUCCUCCCUCAGCGGAGGCCCUAAACGGAUCGCUGUCCCCGCAGAAGGACUCCCAACACUCCUCACAACAGUCUCUGGGCUCUGGUCAUAAAAGCACGUUAUCUCGGGACAGCAGUCCACCAGCCUCGCAUACAGAAGAAGACCAUGUUUAUAGUUUUCCUAACAAGCAGAAGCGUUCAGACUCUUCGGCCGCAGCUAUGACUUCUGCCCUGGGCAGCAACUUGUCUGAACUGGACCGCCUUCUUCUGGAACUCAAUGCUGUACAGCAAAAUGCCCCAUCUUACUCCACAACAGAAGAUGCAGCACCUCCAUUGCCGCCCUGCAGUGUUGCCCACUAUAUCCAGGAAAAUGGAGCCCAACCAGGCAUCGCACUGACACCGGCAGCCCAGGACAAGCCUCAGAGGAAUGGUACGAAGGGCACAGAAGAUGGCCGUUCCACUGUAGAAAGUAUUCUAAAUGAGUUGGAGAGCUCUGUGCCUUCCCAAACGCCAAACCCCUGUGCUCUGACGAGAGAAUUGACGGACGGACAGGUGGACACAGCUUCCGAGCAGCAGGGCAGAAUAUCAGCCACCUCCGCUACACGAGAACUGGAUGAGCUCAUGGCCUGCCUGUCAGAUUUUAAGCCAAGUUCACUGGGUUCCCUGAACUCUGAGUUAAUGUUUGAGCAAACUACUACAGUCGCUGAAAUCCACCCUCCCCCUACAAUUGCCGUGUCCAAAUCCCUGUCCCCUAAUUUUACCCAAUAUUAUCUAAGUCUCUCCCCUCUUUCAAACUUUGAACUACACAUUGUGGAGGAUUCCGGUGAACCGGGGGCUGCACCUCAACCAUCGAGUGUUGUCCCAAAGCCUUACUCUCAACUGUCUCCACCUGUAGCAUCCAGUCCUCGUUGUUCUCCAGUACCUGACCUGGGCUUGGAUUCUUCCAUUGAGGUUUCUGCUUCCCUGCUCUCCUCCCAGGUGGAGUCUCUAGUGGCUCUGUCUCAGACUAUAACCACGACUUCCACAUCUGGAGGUGGGGACAUUUGUAGUAUCAGGGAGAGAAGUCCUUCUGCCAAAUUGCCAAACACUGGGCUGAAGUCCUAUUCACCUAUCAUCAAGUCUCCUAGUCCAACAAGUGCCCCAGCGGUCAGCAGAUCCAAUGAAAGAGUUAGUCCAUUGUUGACACCAGCAUCUAUUCAUCUGUAUCUCUCUAGCUCUGAAGCAAAACCUAUGAGUCCAGUGCCAUCUCUUCCCAGAUCUCCUCUUCCUUCAGUCUCUGAAUCACCAUCUCUGUCUCUUCCCAAAGCUGUUUCAACCCCUCUAAUCCUGUCCUCUUCUUCAUCUGUAGUGGUUCCCAAGUCCCCAAGCCCAAAACCAUUAUCGGGAAAGUCUGAUUCAACUGUUUCUCUCAAACCCCUUCCUCCCACUUGGCUUGAAUCCGCAACAUAUGAGCCAUCUCUUGAUGAUGCCUUGGAUAACCUUCUUGCCAUGAGCUUCAGCAGGCCUGAGAAUGAGGCUCCAAUCACAGCAUCAACUGCCUCUCAGCUUGCUUCAGAAGUGCAAUCAGAAGUUUACGAGGAGACAAUAGUUGCAGCCGAUCGCAGCAACAUUUAUCCUGACAUUCACACAGAGAGUGAAGUUGGGGAUGGGCUCUUGGAGGAUCAGUCGGACUGCAGGAGUGAUCUUGACUGGGCUGACAUGGAACUGAAGAUGGCUUAUGAAGGACCAGAUGGCUCCUUGACCCCCAUGACUGAGGCAAGCUGGAUGGAUGACUCCCUCACUCCGUCAUCUUGCCCUGGAACCCCAGAUACCCAGAUGGACAUUCCCAUGCUCCAUAUGGCUGGCACGAUAGACAGGAUCUCAGCCUCUGGACACGUAUGGAUAGGACUGCGAUGCUUGUUGAUUGGAAUGCUAUGGAAUUUGGUUUGAAGUUAUUUCAGACAAAUCUUGCAGUGAUUUGAUAGCCAGCAUCUAAAUAAAUGGUGUCUAAUCUUGCUCCUAGAAAGCCACCUUUAUGCCUAAUUAAACACACCUGAACUGUGCAGGUGGAAAUGUGCAGGAAAGUGGCUGUCCGGGAGCAGAACUGAACGUGCCUAAAUGAAACCUGUUAGUCCGAUGGUUGAAAGUCAUAACUGUUAAUCUUCACUCUGAAUUACAGUGUUAUUCUUCCUCUAAUUGUUUAGUUUACACUCCAUUUAUGGUAAAUUGUAAUUGUAAGAACUUGUAUGUUGCUGUGUCUGCACUUGAUAACCGGUGGUACCAAUGGUACAUUGUGCACUUGAUAACUAACAGUAACUUAAAGGGAUACUCCACCCCAUAAUAAAAUUUUGUCAUUAAUCACUUUACCUCCAUGUUGUUCCAAACCUGUAAAAGCUUCGUUCGUAUUCAGAACACAAUUUAAGAUAUUUUGGAUGAAAACCGGGAGGCUUUUGUCAGUACUUU